AUGCCUGCGGCAUUCGAUCGGGUGUGGCGCAACGACAAGUACAAUUGGAUGUACGAGGGCGAGCAAGAGCCGACCAUGAACAACCGUCGUAUUUUUCAACCGCGCGGCAAGGUUCUUGGUGGCUCCUCCUCAAUCAAUGGAAUGUGUUAUAUCCGGGGUCAUGCGUUGGACUUCGAACGCUGGGUUACGGAAGGGGCGGAAGGCUGGUCUUGGAACGAGGUACUCCCGUACUUCAAGCGCAUUGAAACCUGGGAGGGUGGUGCUUCUGAAUAUCGUGGCGGUUCUGGGCCAGUGCACAUUUGCACGGGCAAGUACCCUACAGAAUUAUACGAAGUCUUCUUGGCUGCCGGUGAACAGGCUGGCUAUCCUCUAACUGAUGAUAUCAACGGGAAGCAUCAGGAAGGGUUCGGCGCAUUCCAAAUGAACGUCAAGGACGGCGUUAGGGCGUCGACCGCACACGCUUAUAUUUAUCCGAACCUUCAUCGUAAGAAUUUGGUGGUUCAGGACAGAGCGUUGGCUGAAAAGGUCAUCAUCGAAAACAGUCAAGCAAAGGGUGUUGUCUAUACUCGCGGUGACGGACGCUUUACGGCUAUUGCGCGCAAAGAAGUAAUCCUAUCCAGUGGAGCAAUCAAUACCCCUCAACUCUUAAUGCUGUCGGGUGUCGGCCCUGCUGAGCAUCUACGAGAGAUGGGCAUCGAAUGUAAAGUAGAUCUUCCUGGUGUUGGUCAGAACUUACAAGACCAUCCACUGGUUUACAUGAAGUGGCACAUCGAAAAACCAGUGUCGAUGAGCCGGUAUAUGCGCAAAGACUUGAUGCUGUAUACAGGUGCUCGUUGGAUCGCUUCGCACACCGGGCCUGGUUCUACCAAUAACGUUGAGACCUGCGCACUCCUGCGUAGUGAUCCAACCGUUCCGCAUCCAGAUAUUGAAAUCCAGUACCUUCCUGUGGUGAUGGAUCACGAUGAUGGUUUGAGUCCGGAUCUGCACGGGUUUACCUAUUGCAUAGGCCCAACUCGAGUCGAAGGAACUGGCUGGGUGAAGCUUCGUUCAGACGAUCCGAAGGCUGCACCAAGGAUCAUGUCGAACCUGCUAUCUACCGACUACGACAUGAAUCAGAUGCGCCACACUAUUAGGAUCGGUCGGGAAAUUACUCAGCAGCGAGCGCACAAUGGCUUAGGCGUAAAAGAAGUUGAACCCGGCCCUUCUGUUAAGAGCGGUAAAGAGCUUGACGAUUACAUCCGGGAAAAUACCUCGGGAGAUUUCCAUCUUUGCGGCACUUGUAAGAUGGGUACUGACAAGCUUUCGGUCGUCGAUCCCUCGCUGCGCGUAUAUGGUGUAGAGCGACUCAGAGUUGCGGAUGCUUCGGUAAUGCCAAGCAUCGUCAGUGCGAAUACUAAUGCCACCACGAUUAUGAUUGGCGAGAAGGCCGCUGAUCUGAUUCGCGGCGUACCGCUCUUGAAGCCUACAAGUAUUUUACUACCGGUU